AUGAUUGUUGCAGUGCCAGCCAAGCGCGCCAGGGUGACGAAGGCGAAGGGGGUUCCUCUGAAUGCUACAGCAUCCGCUGCGCCAGAGACUUCAGUGGCGGAGGCACCUCAGGCAGAGGUGGAGAUAAGCGUCGGUGCGGGCGAUGAGGACAUCGAGAGUGAGAGCGAGGCACGCCCGGCGCCCUCCCGGUCGAAGAACUUGGCCUCUGUGAUGGCAGAGUCACAGGCGACUGCCACCACCAGGCCCCGUCCUCCGCCCGUGCGUGUGCCGGACAACCCUUUUGUGGCCAUGCCUGUAGCUGGGUCGUCUCGUGACCCGACAGCGCCCGGGGAGGAGACACACAUUCUGAUUAGUCGCGCGGAGUUCGAGGCCUUGAAGAAGGCGCAAGAAGCGAGCGCGCGCACCGUGGCCCGUCUUGAAGAGGAGCUGAGGUCUGCUAAGGCUGUGCAGGCGCGUGCACCCCCUCGCAGGCCGGACGAGCAUGUCUCGGGGAGCGGUGGUGCUUCUGGUCGGAAGCGGAAGCGUCGGGAAGAACUCGCCGAUGAGGAGACAUCCGACGAGGAGAGAGAGGAUGAGCCACCCACCAAGAGGGGGCAUCUGAGGGUGUCCAAGUCACCGGUCCUGCAGCGGGCGCUGAAUUUUCUGCCCGCAAACAAGUCGUGGAAGCGCGCGUGCGACCUGGUGAAAGAUUACCUCUUCUUUGAGAAGGAGAACGCCCGGAUCACGUUCUAUCCGAGCAGCGACGACAAGACGGUGGGAGUGUGUGCAGUGAUCGAGCGCCUGCCUUUCGAUUUCGCGACACUUGCUCUGGCUGCGGACAAGGCAAGACGGUCGGAUUUGAACAAGGCCCUUAGCGAGUGGAAGUCGGGCGCAGCAGGAAGGACGCGGGACAUCUCGUGUCCACGGAUGGGGCUUUUCCGCGACGAGCGAGAUACGCGCAGCCCAUGGGCCACGAAGAAGGACCGUACUCUGGAGGAGAUACGAUCGCAUUAUGGGCUGCUGUUCGGCGUUGACGAUCCCCUGGCAUUGUCCAAGUUUGGGAACGAUCAAGAGGGGAUGCCGUUCGCCUCUGGCGCAUUCGUGGCAUGCGCGGUUGCGGCAUUCAAGCCGAAGAAGGUGGUCGGGCCACUGACGGUGAAGCUUUACCACCUGGCGUGGCUGGAGCAUGUGGUGACCGACACGCUGGUGAACUGGGAGGCGAGGAAGGGGCGACUGUCGAACUCUGCCUGUGGAAACGCGCAGGUGGUCGAUGGGCUCGUGAUCCUUGCGCGUGAGGCAGUGUCGAACGCGAUCAGAAUCUUCAAGCCUAAGUACGACGUCGCCUCGUGCUCGUGGACCUGGGGGCGCCAUGGCCUUCGACUGUCCUCGUGCGGGCUGGAGGACUUAAUUCCAGCGACUGCCGCUACCCGUGAUGGGGCAGAGGUUCAGGCGGACGAGAUCUCUGGGUCGCUUGGAGGCCCCGCGGCCGACAACAGCCUCGUAAUCGACCUGGGCGCGGGUCAGACGUACAAGAACGCCACGUACGAGCUCCUCGUGUUCAAGUUCCUGCAGAAGUUUAUUCCGUACUCGUACAAGUUCAAGGGCAAGUGGACCCAGGCCAGCACCGUUACUGUCGCCGCGGGCACGCUCAAGGACACCAUCGACGCGAUGAAGCAGAACCCUAAGAAUUACUACGCGAUUUUCAACACUGCGACGAACCCUGCUGGUUGCGCCAAGGGCGAGUUUGACUUCAUCCAGCCGUGGUGGAAGCGCCUGCGCCAAGAAUAUUCUCUCGCUAAUCCCGCACAUCAACGGCGAUCUCACCGCCCCCUUCCCCACUCCCCCCGGCAAAUGGCGGCUGUAGCCGCCGCCAACCCAUCCGCCGCGGCAAUUGCGCCGCCGUCGGCGUCGGCGCCGCCGGCGGCGGCGGAGGCGGCGGAGAGCGUGCGGCAGUUCCGGCUGGAGCGCGAGACGGAGCUGCGCGUGGAGGUGGAGUGGGACGCGAAGCUGACGGUGAAGCUUGUAUCGGGUACGGCGGAGAUCUUCGGUUCGGAAAUUGCGGUCGGACAAAACGUCACCUUCGACGGCGGCGAGAAAUUUGCGGUAUUCACCUGGCAUGGGUGCAGUCUGGAAGUGCGCGGGUCGCCAGCACUGCCGGAUGCCAUGUAUGCUGCUGACGAGACCCCCAUGGUGAGCUAUCUCAAUCUCCAUGCGGUGCUGAACGUGCGGCGAGUGGAGGCAGCAAGGAGCCUCAUGCGUGCCAAGCAGCAACUGGCGCAGCUGCAGCAGCAGCAGCAACAGCAGCUGCAGUAUCAGCAUCAGCAACGGCAGCAGCAGCACCCUCAUCAGCAGCAGCAGUAUCAGCACCAGCUGCAGCGAUUGCAGCGGCACAAGCAGCAACUGGAGAAUAAGAUUAACUCCCUCGUUCUCAACAAGGUGCCCAGGGUCCUACUAGUCGGCCCGACCGACUCUGGAAAAUCAACCCUGGCCAGAAUGCUGCUAUGCUGGGCGGCCAGGCAGCAGUGGCACCCCACCUAUGUGGAUCUAGACGUGGCUCACAGUAGUGUGACAGUGCCGGGGGCUGUGGCGGCCACGCCUGUGGAAGCACCCCUGGAAGCCAAUGCCAGAACCGUGGAGGAGGCACCUUUGGUGCUGUUCUAUGGGCACACCAACCCCAGUGCCAACCUUGACCUAUAUCGUGCUCUAGUGACGGCACUGGCAGAGGCAACAGACAGGCGACUUGGCAUCACUCCCUUGGGCGAGGGAGGAGGAGGGGGAGGGGAGGAAGGGGGAGGGGAUGGGGAUAGGGGAGGAGCAGGAGCAGGGAGGGAGGGAGGAGGGGCGGCAGCGAUAGGUGCGGUUCCAGUGGAGGCAGCAGCAGCGGGGAUCAUUGCUAACAGCAUGGGAUGGGUUGAUGGGGCUGGUUACCAGCUACUGCUUCACUCCAUUGAUGCCCUACGGGCGAACGUGGUGCUUGUGCUGGGGCAGGAGCGGCUCUACAGCAUGCUCUCGGAGCACUAUAGAAGCAAAGCAGCAGCAGCUGCUACUGACGGUACCGCUGCCAGCAGCAGCAACAGCAGCCAUGCAGCAGCAGUGGAGGUGGUGAAGCUUGUGCGAUCCGGAGGUGCCGUGUCCCGUGCUUCCAAGUUCAGGCAGCGACUGCGACAAGCAGUCAUCAAGGCGUAUUUCUACGGGCCAGAGCGGCAAUUCUCACCUCAUUCGAGCACGGCCAGCUGGUCAGAUUACACGGUGCUGAGAGUAGGGGGAGGGCCGCAGGCACCGCAGUCAGCGCUGCCUAUUGGAGCAGCGAGGGUUUCGGACCCGCUUCGCACUGCCCCGGUGGUUCUUUCACGGGAGCUGGAACACCACGUGCUGGCAGUUUCACAUGCCAAGGAGGAGAAGGACGCCGUCACUGGGAGCAUUGCUGGAUUCAUCUGCAUAACACAAGUGGAUAUUGCUAAGGGCAAGUUUAUGUUCAUAGCACCUAGUCCAGGGCCACUACCAGGGAAGAUUCUCCUAUUCGGAUCCCUGACCUGGGUGGAGUAG